AUGAGGAACGGCGGCGACGGCGGUGGCGUUGUUGCGGUGGCGUCCAGAUACCGGUGGAGGUACACGUUGACGCUGAUUGUGUGCGUGAUGGCAGCGGUCGGGGUAGAAGGCUGCGGCCCGUUGCGUGGCCCGUCAAAGUUCCGGAACCCUCGAAAGAUGAAACCUCUGGUGUUCCAGCAACACGAGCCCAACGUCAGCGAGUACUCCAUCACCGCCAGCGGGCCACCAGAGGGUCGGAUCCAGCGGAACGACUCCAGGUUCAUGGAGCUGGUACCCAACUACAACGCAGAUAUCGAGUUCAAAGACGACGAGGGCACCGGUGCCGAUAGACUUAUGACCCAGAGGUGUAAAGAGAAGCUCAAUACCUUAGCCAUCAGCGUGAUGAACUUAUGGCCGAACGUUCGACUGCGUGUGAUCGACGGUUGGGUGGACCGAGCCGGCAGCAGCCUGCACAACGAGGGGCGGGCGGUGGACAUCACCACGUCAGACAGGGAUAAGUCCAAGUAUGGCAUGUUGGCCCGACUGGCCGUCGAAGCAGGAUUCGAUUGGGUCAACUACAAUCGUCGGUACAUUCACUGCUCUUGUAAAUCAGAGACGAAAAUCAACACGAGGACGAUGGGCUGUUUUCCGGGUGACAGCGUGGUGACGACUGGCGCGGGAGUGAAGAAGCAGAUGAAGGACCUGCGGGUCGGCGAGUCGGUACUGGCGCUGUCCAACGACGGUCUGCUCCGGCCUAGCGAAGUGCUGUUGUUCCUGGACCGUAACGUGACGGCGCGGACAGAGUACGUGACGCUGGUGACGGACACGGGCAAGUCGAUAACGGCGACGCCCACGCACCUGGUGCUCCGGUGGGAGAAACCGGAACGGUCGCAGAUCCGAUACGCCAACCCGGUGUACGCGAAAAGGGUGCGCGUCAACGACACGCUACUGACGGUGAUCAACGGGGACCGCGGUCAGCUACGACUGCGCGCGGAGCGCGUGGUCGCAGUCAGCCGCACCGAGAAAAUCGGACUUUACGCGCCACUCACGGUCGACGGCACCGUGGUCGUGGACGACGUCGUGGCGUCGUGUUACGCCGUCAUCGACAGCCAGUGGCUGGCGCACCUGGCGUUCCUGCCUGUCCGCGCGUUGGCCGCCGUCCGGACGUCCCUGUACAGCCUCGUCUGGCGGCUGGGCCAUCCGCUGCACGCCGCGCCGUCACUGUCGCCGGUGAUCGACGCGGUACAGCCAGCCGACGGCAUACACUGGUACCCGCGGAUGCUGUACGCCAUAUCCGACUACGCAAUACCAGCCAGUUGGAUGGACACUCACUGA